AUGAGCGAUCUCGACAAAGCUAUUGCGCAGUUGCGCGCCUGUCGUCCUAUCCCCGAAACCCAAGUCCGAGAGCUCUGCCAUCGUGCCAGAGAGUUAUUGAUCGAGGAAGGAAAUGUGGUCACUGUGACUGCGCCAGUGACGAUAUGUGGCGAUAUUCACGGUCAGUUUCAUGACCUGAUGGAGCUGUUCCGCGUCGGAGGAGACGUGCCUGACACGAACUACCUCUUCAUGGGCGACUUUGUCGACCGUGGUUUCUAUUCUCUCGAAUCAUUUCUUCUUUUGCUUUGUCUCAAAGUUCGAUACCCCGACCGCAUGACGCUCAUUCGCGGAAACCACGAAUCGCGCCAAAUCACAACCGUCUACGGCUUUUACGAUGAAUGCCUGCGAAAAUACGGCAGCGCCAAUGUCUGGCGAUACUGCUGCGACGUUUUCGACUACCUCGCUCUGGGUGCUAUUGUUCUUGGAGCGUCCAACACACUCUCUGGCCAAGGCGAGCCGGUCGACGAUGAGACCGAGAUCGAGGUUUGCGACCAGAACGGGUCCAUCAUUAGUCGCUUUCCACGCCAGCGUGGUCAGGCAAAUAGCCAGCAGCGACAAGGCCAGAGCCCGAACGGCGGUGGAAGCAGCGCCAACACCGGAGACAAGACAGGUCCACCCGGUUCCGGCGCCUCUGGCUCCAGUAGCGGAAGUAUCGGUAACCCAGCAGGGGCUGUGCUAUGCGUGCACGGCGGCUUGAGCCCGCUCAUAGACUCAGUGGACAAGAUCCGCCUCAUUGACCGCAAGCAGGAAGUGCCCCAUGAGGGCGCCAUGUGCGACUUGCUGUGGUCAGAUCCAGACGACAUAGACGGAUGGGGUCUAUCGCCUCGUGGCGCGGGAUUCCUUUUUGGCGCUGAUAUUGUCAAGGUCUUCAAUCACCGAAAUGAUUUGAGUCUCAUUGCGCGAGCCCACCAGCUUGUCAUGGAAGGCUUCAAGGAAAUGUUCGACUCCUCCAUUGUCACUGUUUGGUCUGCCCCAAAUUACUGCUACCGAUGUGGCAAUGUUGCGGCCGUCCUUGAGCUGUGCGAGGAUGAAUCUGGCACCGGCGUCUUUGCGCGAAGCAACGGCGACGUUGGUCGCAGUGAUGGUGGCGCCGGCGUCAAUGGCCGUGGUUUAUUGAUGGAGUCUGACAGCCACAAUGUGCCCAACAACGGACCUGCAAGGCGCUACCGCGUUUUCCAGGCAGCGCCCCAGGAUUCGCGCGGGAUGCCGGCGAAGAAACCUGUGGCGGACUACUUUCUCUAG